CUCGUUCCCUGCGAGCUCUCAGGCCACCGCAAGCCCAUUGGUCACCAGGAUGCUCUCGAUGGAGCAGUCGAGUGUAGAGCAAGGAUCGUGCCCAGCGGAGCAGGAGUGGGCAGGGCCCGAGGCGCUGUGCCCAGGCUGGCUGGAGGAUGAGGCCCCUGAUGGAGAGGUGCCCGAGGACAGUGAGGACCAUGAUAAUGCCACCCAUGCCUAUGAGCUGCUCCAGAGUGCCCUGUGCCAGGAGGGGUUGCCCCCCACACUGGAUCGCUCUGCAGAGCCCCGCACAGGAUUUGGCCCGCUGGAUGUGACCGUCUGCAUCCUGGGCUCCCCCACUGCCUUUCUGCCCAUCCUGCUGGAGGGUGGCACCCGCUGCCCAGGUGCCAUGGUGCUGUGCCUGUCACCCACCUGGGCCAGCCGGGUGCCCUCGGAGACGUCCCCAGGAGCCUGGUCCCUGCUGCUGUCCCGGGGGAUCUCCUUCGAAGCUGGGGGUCACAGCACCCUGGAGACUUUCGUGCCACCCCGCCGUGCCAACUACGUGACGGGCACCUUCCCCGCGGGGGGUCCUGAGGGCGGCUGGGUGGGCGAGCUGGCACGGGACCUCGACUGCCCCACGGGGGGGUCGGUCCCGCUCAGCCGCCGCCUUGAGGACCCCCUGCUCACCCGCUGGCUCCUGGCAGCCCGUGCCAACCUGCCCGUGCCCCCAACCCUGGCCUUUGUCCUGGGGUCAAGAGGGGACCUGCCUGCGGAGCUGGUGGCACCUGGGGUGAGGCUGGUGAGGCUGGAGGACCCCCAGGGCCAGGAGAGCCUGGUGAAGGAAGAGGUGGGCACCUUCCUGGGGAGCACCGCCAUGGAGCCCUACAGCCAGGUGGCGGUGCGGCCGGCGGGGUGGCUCUGGCGUGGGACGGGCACCCACAGCACCCACGGGAAGGAGGAGGGGGAGGCGGUGGCACGGGCAGUGGGUGCCCGGCUCCGAGGGCUGCGGGAGGAGGACAGCGUCCUGCUGGAGGCCCUGGUGCCCACCGCCCGCCUGCCCGCACCCCCCCCACGCAGCCCAGCCCCACGGCUGCCGGUGGCCCUGCGCAUCUGCACCCUCGUCUGCAGGUCCUGGGGGGACCGGCCCCAGCUCUGCCAGGUGGCAUGUGCCGUGGGGCGUGCGGAGGCCCCGGUGCGCCACGGGGUGUCACUGCCCCAGGGCCUGGACUCCAGCCUGCAGCAGUGGGGGGUGGUGGCCCCCGGCCAGCGGCAGGUCCUGGCCACGCGGCUCCGAGAGGCCGCCGAGGCCACCAUGGCUGCCAUCUCGGCCACCGAGGCUGAGCUGAGUCCCCAGCAGCGUGGUGGCACCCGUGCCCGCACCGACCUCCUGGGCGUGGACUUCUUGCUGGCGUGCGUGGACGAUGCCCUGGAGCUGGUGGCCUUGUCCACCAACAGCCAGCGCUGCCUGGAGACCUGUCUGCUGGCCCACGGCAUGGGGCGCGCCACGGGGGAACCCCCCGGCGACAUGCCCCGGGUGGUGGCCGAGGUCCUUCUGCACCGGGCGCAGUGUCACCUGGUGGAGGGCAAGGACAUCCUGCUCAUCGGGGCUGGCGGUGUCAGCAAGAGCUUCGUGUGGGCUGCUGCCCGCGACUACGGACUGAAGAUCCACCUGGUGGAGUCGGACCCGGAGCACUUCGCGGCGGGGCUGGUGGAGACCUUCCUGCCCUACGACAGCCGGGAGCACCGGCGCGACGAGGAGCACGCCGAGCGGGUGGCGGAGCUGCUGCGCUCCCGGGGCAUCCGACCCCACGCCUGCCUCUCCUACUGGGACGACUGCGUGGUACUGGCGGCACUGGUGUGCCAGCUCCUGGGCCUGCGUGGCUGCCCACCCGCGGCCGUCCGGGUGGCCAAGCAGAAGAGCCGGACCCACCAGCACCUGCAGCGGUGCCGCCGCGGCCGCCCGCCGCCGGCCGCCUUCGCCGUGCCCUGCCGCCGCCUGCAGAGCCACGGUGACGUUGAGCGGGCGGCUGGCACCGUGCCCUUCCCCGCUGUGGCAAAGCUGGAGUUCGGAGCCGGCGCCGUGGGGGUUCGACUGGUGGAGAACGCCGGGCAGUGCCACGCUCACGCCGCCCGCCUCUGGCGGGACCUGCGGGAUGACGACGAUCACCCUGGCAUCGGCUUGGGCUGGGGCAAUGCCAUGCUGCUGAUGGAGUACGUGCCGGGCACCGAGCACGACGUGGACCUGGUGGUCUUCCAAGGAAGACUUUUGGGGGCUUGGGUGUCCGACAACGGCCCCACACGGCUGCCAGCCUUCCUGGAGACGGCUGCCUGCUUGCCGUCCUGUUUGCCCGCCGACCGGCAAGCCCAGCUGGUACGGGCAGCCCUGAGGUGCUGCCAGGCGUGUGGCUUACGGGAUGGUGUCUUCAACGUCGAGCUCAAACUGGGACCCACCGGGCCCCGCCUCCUGGAGAUCAACCCUCGCAUGGGGGGGUUCUACCUCCGCGACUGGAUCAGGGAGAUCUACGGUCCCGACCUGCUGCUGGCAGCCGUACUGGUGGCGCUGGGGGUACCGCCGGUGUUGCCCGCUCGCCCGGUGCCCCGCGGUCACUUGGCCGGUGUGAUGUGCCUGGGCUCGGAGCACGGGGUGGCACUGGGGGGCGGCGGGGGCUUGGCAGCUCUGCAGGCUCUGCAUGAGCGGGGGCUCGUCCGCCUCAACCGGCUCUUUGAGGAGACGGCGGGGGACGGCGAGUACGAGGAGCCCUGCCUGAGCGUGGCAUGUGCCGGGGAAACGCGGGCAGAGGCCUGUCUGCGCCUGCUGGGGCUGUGCCAGGCGCUGGGCAUCGACUCGCCACGUUACCCAGUCGAGCAUUUCUUGUCCCACUUCAAAUAGCGCCGGGCAAGCAGCGGGGAUGGAGGGGGAACAGCCGAGCAUGGGCAUGACCACCCUGCUGUCCUGGCAUCCCCUCCUGCAACCCCGCCACCCCAUGCCCUGGCAUCCCUCUGGCACCCUGUUCCCUGUCCUAUGACCACAGCAACUCCAUUCUCUGGCAUUUCCCUGGCAUCCUCCCUGCCCUGGCAUACCCCCCACCAUCCUGGCACCUCAUCCCCUGGAAUCCUCUCAGUCCUCUGGCAUCCACCCAUUAUCCUCCUACUCCAUCCCCUGCCAUCUCCCUAGUGUCUUGCCACCACAUCCCCUGCCAUCUUCCCCUGCCAUCCUGGCAUCACAUUGCCUGGCAUCCCCCCACUCCCCUGACACAUCAGCUCUUGGCAUCGUCCUGCCAUCCAAGCGUUUCGUCCCUGGCAUCCCAUUACCCUGAUGCCCUAUACCCCUGCCCUGACACCCCAUACCCUGGCAUCUCCCCAUUACCCUGACACUUCAUCCCCUGGAAUGUCUCUUGGCAUCCUGACUCUUGGCAUCCCAUUCCCUGCCAUUCAUCUGACACCUCAUCCCCUGGCAUCCCCCUCACCAUCCUGACAUCCCAUCCACCUGGCAUGCCCCCAUCACCCUUGCCCCCCAUCCCUUGGCAUGCCCCCUC